AUGCGGUCCAACGCCAGUGGAUGCAGCAGCUCCGGAGGCGGACAAUUGCCAGCACCAUCGAACGACCGCAAUUCGAACGGAGGCCCAAACCCACACCCAGUUCCUGUCCUCGGGGAGCCGAAUCCACACCAAAGGACGCGGGGAGGACGCCCCGAUUCUUGGGAUUCCAGGAUGGAACUACACAGAAAUGGCACUAAUGGUUCCUGCCACAGCUCAUGCGGGCCACUGACAGACUACUACAUCCCUGAUUACAUACUGAAGCCGGACUCUGAACGAGUCACUGUUGAUAGUGUGCCAUGUUGCCCUGUGGUAGUCUUCAUCAAUUCUAAAAGUGGUGGCCAACUGGGAAGCAGUCUGAUAAAAACAUACCGUGAACUUCUCAAUGAAGCGCAGGUUUUUGAUCUCUCAGAAGAGGCUCCUGAUAAGGUUCUACACAGAUUAUACUGCAACUUUGAAAAGCUCAAGUCUAACGGUGACCUCAUUGCUACUCAAAUUCAGAAGAGCUUAAGGCUAAUUGUUGCUGGUGGUGAUGGCACGGCAAGUUGGUUGCUUGGAGUAGUUAGUGAUCUGAAGCUAUCACAUUCCCCUCCUGUUGCUACUGUGCCUCUAGGAACCGGAAACAACCUCCCUUUUUCAUUUGGAUGGGGAAAGAAGAAUCCAGCUACUGACCAAGCAGCAGUGAAAUCAUUCCUGGGUCAAGUAAAAGGAGCAAGAGAAAUGAAUAUUGAUAGUUGGCAUAUCAUCAUGAGGAUGCGAAUUCCACAGGAAGGCCCAUGCGAUCCUAUUGCUCCCUUAGAUCUUCCACAUUCAUUGCAUGCUUUCCACCGUGUAUCAGCUUGCGAUUCUCUCAAUUUGGAGGGCUACCACACAUUCCGUGGAGGAUUCUGGAAUUAUUUUAGCUUGGGAAUGGACGCACAAGUAUCCUAUGAAUUCCACUCUGAAAGAAAGAGAAAUCCAGAGAAGUUCAGACACCAGCUAAGAAAUCAGGGUACAUAUGCUAAACUUGGAUUUAAACAUUCCCUAAACCAUCUUUCUUCAAGGAACAUUUCUCAACUUGCAAAGGUGAAGAUCAUGAAAAGACCUGGUAGCCAAUGGGAAGAGCUCAAGAUUCCUCGCAGCAUUCAAUCAGUUAUCUGCCUCAACUUUCCAAGCUUCUCGGGAGGAUUGAAUCCUUGGGGAACACCUAGCUCUAGGAAAGUUCAAGACAGAGACCUGACUGCACCUUACGUUGAUGAUGGCCUUAUCGAGAUUGUCGGCUUCCGCGACGCCUGGCAUGGGCUCAUCUUGCUGGCUCCUAAUGGCCAUGGAACUCGUCUAGCGCAGGCCCACCGAAUCCGUUUCGAGUUCCACAAGGGAGCAGCGGAGCACACGUUCAUGAGGAUCGAUGGGGAGCCAUGGAAGCAGCCCCUCCCCAAGGAGGACGACACCGUGGUCGUGGAGAUCUCCAACCUCCGUCAGGUGGCCAUGCUGGCCAACGACCCGUGCAGGUCGAAGAGCGUGAACGACCCGUCGUCCCCGUCGUGCCACAGCCACGAGGACGACGAGAGCAACAGCCUGGAGGACGAGGACGAGUGGGAGGACGGGAGGAAGAAGUUCGGCGCGGCGGCCACCUUCAAGAUCCCUGACGAGGUCGACAUCGCUCAUCUCAGUUAG